GGCAUGUGGCAGCCGGCUGCAGGAAUACCAGCAGGGCUGCAUUUAGACUGUGAGCACACACACACACACAAAUGCCACUGGAAGUUUUCCGAGGGGUCUGUGUGUAUAUAAGUAGCUGAGAGGAGCUCUUCUGACAGACCAACAGACUCCAGGCUGAAGUUGCUGAUCUGAAACCAGAACCUCCUCCACCUCCUCCUCCUCCUCUGUCAGGAUGUUGUGUCCCAGCACUUUCCAGCCAUCCCCCAUUGCCAUGAGCCCUUUCCUGGACUUCCACUGGCCGGUUCGCAGCCUGUGGCCUGAGACCCGGCCGCUGUUCUUCCAGCUGGAGCAGGAAAUGAUCCGUCACAUGCAGGAGAUGAGGCAGAGCAUGGAGUUCAUGGAGCGGCUACACCAGAAGAUCUUUGAGGAGAUAGACCACUCCCCUUCCUCUGUUGGUUUUUUUAAGCCCAUCACCUUCCAGGAGCUGGGGAAGGACAUGGGCAACUUUGCCCUCAGUUUGGACACGCAGGAGUUCUCCCCGCAGGAGCUGUCAGUCAAACAGGUGGGCAGGAAGCUGAGGGUGAGCGGCCGCACAGAGAAGAAGAAGGAGGACGAGAAGGGCUCGUACUCUUACAGGUGUCAGGAGUUCAGGCAGGAGUUUGACCUGCCGGAUGGCGUCGAGCCUGAGGCCGUCACCUGCUCCCUGGUAGGAGGCAGACUGCAGAUCCAGGCGCCACGGGAGAAACCAGUGCAUGAUGGGAAGGAGAGAAUCAUCCCCAUUAACCUCACCUCAGUCCCCGCCAUCACCUCCUCCGGCGAAGGGGCGGAGGGAAGCUCCACCUCCUCUUCAGACAGCUGCAAUACUAAAAACUGAUCCCACAUGGAGUGAACCAUCUCAUCUAUUCACCCAUCUCUGUAGUUUCAGUGUUUCUGUAUCUGAAGGACGAAGGGAACAUGACGCUGAUAUUCUUGACUCGCACUUUAUUUAUAGCUCUUUAUAAUAAACUUAUCUGUGAUGUUUGAA